AUGUCAUCGUACUACCCACGCUCCAAAGACCUGACUCGCACCAGGAAGUCCCUGACAGAGUCACCGCCGUCCUCUCCAUCCCCUACAGACAAAAACUACAGAGUAAGACCAGGAGGGUUUCCUCUAUCAAUCCUAAUUUUGUGCUUUUCUUUAUGGGCUUUGUAAAUCAAUUAUUAAUCCAUUAACCUUAUAUGUUAAUGUAUGUCAGCACAAAUCCUGCAAUGCUGUCCUCAAACAGUUAGUUAUUUAAUCACUCAGUUUUCUAAAGGUAAAUUAAACUGCAUCUGGUUUAUUUUUGUGGCAAAAGCUCAGAGUUUUUCUCAGUUUCAGCCUCUCAAAUGUGAAAAAUCUGUGCUGUUUAAGGAACAUUAUAUAUUUUGGGAGUUUGACUCUCUACAAAAUAAAAAAACUAAUUAAUUAAAAAUGACUGGGAACUUGUCAGUGAGUGCACCUAACUUUUCCUACUAUGACAUACUUAAGACAAAACUAAUCAAAUCACAGAAUCAGACUCCAAACUUGUAAAACUUUAUCAUUUUAUUAAAGCUCCUGUGGGGAGCUUUUGGUGUCUAUUUGGCGCCCCCUUUGGGCACAAUAUACCUUUUAAUAACUCUGCUUAUCUCAGCUUGCACUCAGGUAAGUCUCAUUCUUAUAAACUCAUCACCCACUAUGAAAACUUGCUGUUAAAAAAAAGCAAAUACUGUAAAUUGCCUCAUCUGACACCUACCAAUUACAGACAUCUUUUUGCUGAUGGUGUAGUUUGCUUUUAAAAGUCAUCAAGAGGCAUCAAUGUCCAUAUCAAUCAUUUUUAUAACAUUUAUAAACUCCUCGCAGGAGCUUUAACAGUUUUAUUUCCUCCAAUUUCAGUGUAAUUAUUCAUGGUUUGCUGGAGUAAUUGACCGCCGCUCAUUCUCUUUAGUGCUUCAUUAAAAUGAUCAAACAGUUUUUGACCACACCAGGCUUAUUAGAUGACUUGUUAAAGAAAGGCAAAUAUUCACUCUGCUGCUCGAGGAGUCUGAACAAACUUUCUGGGAAAGACUUUUUGGAUUGAAACAUUCCUUGUGUAAUUUCCUGUUAUGUUUUCCCCCCUGUCUAAGUGGCUUAUUCUCAUGGGUGCUGUUGGACUGGUUGUGUUUAUGUCAGAGCCACAGACUGAGCAUGCACUCUGACUGUGACAGAUGCAUUUUAAAGGGACACGAGGAAAUGUCCAAAAAUUUGCAGCACUCAUUUUCUCAUGUCAUGUCAUACCAGCCUGCAGACGCUGUCUUUGAAGUGGUUUUGAUGGUACCUGGUAGAUGCUGUCAUUUUCCACCUUUCAGCCUUUCUGUGCCGUGUCUACGAGGAAACCCAGGAAUUCAUUUUCCAUGAUGUCAGCCCAAAUCUGAUUGCAGAGAAAAUAUGAUGCAGAGGGGCGUGGAAUCAGGUUGAUGAAGUAUUUUUAGAUCCCACUGAUGUUUUGAUGAGAACAGACCUGGUCCUCUUUAGUUAAACACAAUCUGUGGUACAGCUGUGAACUACAGGAAGCUGUGUAAACAGGAACAAAUUUGCAUAAUUGGAUGACACUCGUCAUUUGGCAGACGUUCACAGAGAUGGAGGGGGACUGAGUAUAUUUACUCAAGUACUGCAAAAGAGAGGCGCUGAAGGAGCACAUGAGUAUUUCCGUUUAACAGCAUUCUAAAAUUACAGUAAGAAGUAGAUGAACUGUUCCUUGAAAGCAUUUACUCAAGUCUUUAAACAAAGAAAUACCCACAACUUAUCUGAUCCACCUAUUCAGGCAACAUUUGCGUUAACUGAUAAAAGAGGAUGCUUUCUGAAAUGACCUUUGGCAUUAACUAAUCCCAUUCACACACUGUUGGCUAUGUCGCAGGAGCAACUGGGGUCUAGUGACUUGCCCAAGGACACAUACACACAUGUGACUGUGGGGGGGCUGGAUCAAACCAGGCCGCCAGCUCUACCUCAGAGCUGACAAGUGGUGCUAGAAUACUUCUGCUUUAUUCUCCACAAAAGUACAGUGCAUAAACGAUUCUCCAUAGACACCCUCACGAGCACCAGAAUUACUCACUGUUUAAACCCCAACCAGUCAAUGUUUCUAAGCUGCAGUACUAGGGUGACCAUAUUCUGACUUCCAAAAAAGAUGACACGACUACGUGGGGGCAGAGUCAUGGAGUUGGAUGUAGUUAAUUUUGAGAGUUUUUCGGGUUGGGUCGAGUGUUUUUUAUGCGCAUCUAAAUCAGUAAGUCCACAAACUCAAAACUUCCACACAAAACCCCGGACGUCUGAAGGAUUUUAUAAACUCCCCCAGACAAGGCCAGACAAAAGUUGUUCAGGUAGAAGAGGACUUAUGGUCACCCUUUGCAGUACAGGCAUCUACCUCUAGUCAGAGCAGCACCGCUAGCUAGUAGCAACAGUAGGCUAAUCGUUUUUUGACAUCCUAACAAGAUGGGCAAACAUUAGCCAUAGCUCAGCUAGCAGCUGAUUUAUCAGAAUUUGUUAUAGACACCCUGAUUUUUAAUGAAACGUGGCUUUAUUUGUAUGUUUUUUAAAAGUUUCAGUGAAUCUAACCAUAAAAUUUGUGAUUCAAAACCACAAGUUGCUAAUCUUUACUAGCUUGAGCUUAAGUUUUAGCAUGACACUGCAGUUCUUUGCUAACCUGCCCGAAAUCAUGUUUUCUUUUGUGAUGUAUAUUCCAGUUAGUUAUUUGCUGUCUGGUUAAAGUGGCUUACAAUCAUUCAACUGGACCAAUGCAUAAUCAGCACAGGCAUGUGAAUAACCUUGAGAGCUAACUCUGCUAUCAUAAGCAACACUUGGCAAUCCUAUUUGAUGAAAUGUUAGCAGCAGUCUUCCAAAAUCUACUUUUUUUCAAACUUCUUGGAAAGUUUAAGUAAAAAAAACUGAGGACCAAUGACUUUUAUUUCAAGCAAAAUUUCACCAAAAAUCAAAGACUAGUGAAAGGAAUAAAAAUGAAUAUGAACUGGAGAGGAAAAAUCAGAGUUUUUCUUGUCUUUGUGCCAUGCUAACAUCCUUGGACCUCUUACUGUAUUAUGGUUGUUGUGACAUUUUAAAGGAGACCUGUCCCCUGAGUUUUCCAACAACUGGACUAACUAAUGACUUUCACUUUGACCUGCCAGGACAAUUAAACAUUUAGCAAACAAGUUUACUCAUCCAGAAUUUGUCUUCUUAAAGGAAAAGUAAUUUUUAGGGUGAAGUUUUACUGGCACUGUCAGUCGGUUAAAUGAGGAAUAUUUAUUAUAACGAGUUAGUGUUCUUGAAAAAGGAGAUACUCCCAGUUGUAUGACAGCCUCAGAUGUACUGUAAAGAGUUAACAGAGAAGAGGGAGCUGCUGAAGUAUGGAAAGGUGAGUGAAUGUAGAAAAACGUCUUUUAUGGUCGUGUGCACUGUUUCGGUCCCAGUGGUAAGGGUGAAAAGUGUGUGUGUGUGAGAGAGAGAGAGAGCACUGGGGUGUGUGUGUGUAGCUCACAUUUUCCUACUGCAUAAUCCAGUCAGCUCAGAAGAAGUGAUGCUGACAGGGAGAAGGAGAGAAACACAAAGAAGGAGAAGAGUCUCCUAAAGAUGAUUUCACUAUUCCUGCAAACUGCUGUAAACACGAUGGUGUAAACACUGCAGGGCUGAGAUCAUGCACUCCUCCUUCUCUGUCCCCCUCUGCAUGGUGUGCAUGAUAUUGGUCCUGGCAUACCAUAAAAACUGGAGGUGUUUACAGAGCACCCGUGAUUCAAGUAUGCACCCAUUUGGAGUCUGUUUCCAUCAGUCUGACACCCUGUUGUUUUUUCUCCCCCUCCAGUUGAUAUUCUCCUCCUGCAUCUGCUCUGCCUCACAUAGCUUACCGAGCCUCAAAGGCCACUUCUGACUCCCUCUGCUUCUCCUAACAAGGGAAUCACUCUGCCGCAGCUGCUAUCAGACAUAGAGUUUCAGCUAUGAUUCAGCUUUUGGCUGCGGCUCAAUUUGGAUAAAAAAGCCCAAUAAUGUAGACAUACAUGUAAGAGAAUGUGUUACAGUUUUCCUGCCGCUCGUUCAGCUCCUCAAACCACCACAAACUCGCAAAAGGUUUCAUUUCUUAAAAGAGUAAUUUCACCGAUUUGCUAAUCCUUUGGUGUGAAAUAGUUUUGCAGACAGGAGCUAAUAAUCUUGAAAGAGUUUGGCGAAGAAGGGGUGAGAAAAAGUUCCCCGAAAGCAGACUUUGUGAUGAUUUAUUCAUGGAAACCAGGCAGCCAAUCACCCCAGCUGAUUAAUGCACUUUCACCAAAUCUGGCCGAGGAAUCUCAGUAUCGCAGAAAUAUCAGAGCCCCUCUUGCCUCCUUCCUUGGCCCUUUUUCAUCCGAGGUCACGGAGGUCUGUUUUUUCCUGGAUGGCUCUGCUGAAGCACAUGACCACAUAAGGACAGGCAGCGCUGGCUCAGUUAUGUAAACACUUGCUCCUUUAGCGCUGUGAGAAAUAUCCCCCCCACUGGCCAAAUGUGGGUGCAUGAAUAACUAACUGUGAGCUCUUUUCCUCUUGACAUCAAUUGUUCUCGUAUGAAGCACAAUUUGUUCCUAGAUCUGCUUCUUCGUCUCUAGAAUAUUUUGGACAAGCACACAAGAUGUUUAUUGCAAAGCUGUUUCCAAAAAUAUCUGAGCCCUGUUUCUCUGGCACCACAGCAACCCCAAAUAUUUGUAUUUAGGAAAACAGAUUAGGAGACAUAUCAGACACUCAUCAGUCUUGUCUCAUAUGAGCGCCAUUUCUCUGCCUCUGAUAGGAAUUAGACAUUUUCCUUCAGGCUACUGUUUUUCCUUUGCAUCACUGAUUCCAAAAAUGGGAGAUUUGGAGAAUUCCUGCAAUAAUGGCGCUAUAAAAAUGCUACAUGAUACUCUCAUUAGCAUUUAUUUUAUGUGUUUAGCCAUUUAUCAUGGGAUUGUGGCUGUGGGCUGAAUGUUGUCAUUGUCAUAUGGUCUGACUCAGCGUAUCAUAACCAUGCAAACCCUUCAAUAAACCAAACUAACAAGCUGUAGGGUCCGUGUACUUGGUGGCCAGCGGAUUUUCGUUUUAAAAUAAAAAAAUAAAAAAAAUCAGGGGAGGGGCCGCCUUCUGAUGACCAGUAGGGAAUUGGAAAACGAAAAUCAGAAAACAAACUGUUUUCCAUUUUUUGUUUUGAUCAUAAAAAUCGGAGAACGAAAAAACAACUCAGUCAGUAUAAAGUAAACCGUGUGAAAAUCCACUGAGAAAUGAGCAGGAUGUUUAAUUUCCAUGUACGUCUAAUGCCUUUAAUGGGAACGUUGCCCGCACCAAGAUGGCUGCUAUGUUAGCAUGUCACUAAGUGGGCCACAACAGCGCGCUGGUGUAUGUAGUUUAUAUAUCUGUGCUAACAAGAGCCUCUCGCUCAGUCACUCCAAGUCACAACUUCCGCGUCGUGACAGACAAGUGAAUGAAACUUGAAACACAAGUUUCCAUGCACUUAUUUUGAUCUUCAACUUCUGUUUAAAGCCACAAGGCAGAGAGUCAAAUACUGAGUUGUUUUUUUCAUUCUCUGAUUUUUAUGAUCAAAACAAAUAAUGUAAAACUGUUUGUUUGCUUUUUUUCAUUUUCCAAUUCCCUACUGGUUGUCAGGAGAUGGCUCGUCUCCCGAUUUUUGUUUUUUCAUUUUAAAACAAAAAUCUGUUGGCCGCUGUACACGGACCCUGUAGCUCAGCUAGAAGUUGCUCCUUUUGCUCCUUAGAGAUUACUAAUGAAGAACUGCUUUAUUUGUAGUUUUUAGUUUUAAGUUAUUCUGACUUUGAAUUUAAAAAAAAUACAGCCUUAAAAUCACCAAUUACUCACAUUUUGACAGCUUAGGCUCAUGCAACAGUUUCCGCCAGCAUGACACAGCAGUUCUCCAGCAUUUCAGAAACCCGAUCAGCAUCAGUACUGAAAAAAUGAGAAACAAUUUUAAGGUCAUAUGAUUUCUAAAUCAGGUUGGUUUCAACAUGAUAUCCAGACUUUUGAAAUUCUGAUCUCAACAGGCAGCAGCAGCACCGUACACUGGGCCACAGCCAAAAAAACCCUGCCCUGACGGUCUGCUAUCAGUCUGUUGUCUGGGGUCAGACGUCAACCAGCCACAGAGGAGAUACUCAGCUUCUGAUGUCAUGAUGUCAUCUUUAUGCUGCAGGCGUUUGCGUGGCUGCCGCCUGUUCUGAGAGAUUAACCGGGCUCACCGGGGAGGUUUGACCUGUGUGAACCCUGUCGCUGCAGUGUUGGGGUGAAUUAUAUCUCCGCUCUUCAUGCACUUCUUCCCUCUGGGACUUCAGGUCCCUGAACAUGAUGUGAUAAUUCACUUGGAAGUUUUGUUUUUGUUCUCUGCAGUCUCAAAACGGAAAAAUAUUUCACUGCCAAGCCUCUGUUGGGUCUUAUCAAACAAAUAAAUCUUGAUGUAACCAUCACAGAACAUUUUCUACACUGUGCAGUUUGCAUGCUGUGGUGCAGAACGAUUGAACUAACAAGACUUCUCUUUUGUUUUUCAGCAUGAAAGACUGUCAAGGUAAGAAGCUAGCAUUGUUUUAAACCUUAAUGACCUGAGAGAAACAUUAAAAUGCUAAAGAAACUGAAAAUAAACAUGUUGCAUUUAGAUAUGACUCCAGUGGUGAGAGUGCGACAGAAAAACCACUGGGCCGUACCAGCUCUUACUCACGGAGGGAGACCAGGUUGGGCGCUCUAAACAGACAGGAGCAAGAUUCCGGCACCAAGGACUAUAAAAAGGUAACUCUGACCUGACGUUAAACAAGAACAACACUGCUCUUGAUGACCCCUGUGGUGCAGAGAGACCACAUUUCGGCCACGUUAAACCUACUGGAUGUAAAUGUACUUCUUUUGUGAGAUUCCAGCAAGGGCAAGCAUCUGGAAAUUUUAGAUCGUAGGUAUAAAACCACUUAACUUUGAAAUAUUCACUUGAAAACUCACUCAAACAUUCAUAUCUUGACUGCCUCUCAUACAAGGCAAUACACACUUCUUACAGUAUGUGUGUAUAGGCUUUGACAGUGGCCUGUAUGUGUUGUCAUUUCUGACCCUUGUGCAAUUUAAUAAACUGAUAAAACCAAGAUUUUGGGGGGGAAACUUCACUUUUUGUUCUUAUCGAUAACAGGUCUAUGAACUCAAAUUUAAAAGCCUUCAUAAUUGUAUUUCAAAAACACAAGUCUUUAAUGUAAAAUGCCUUAAAUUUCAUGUGAACAAUGGUUUCAGUAUUUAAUGUUAUCAAUGCAUUUGAUUAAAGAAAUUUAAAGUUUGCAAAUCAUCAAGAAUAUUAUUCAACUUUAACUUUUUGGAGUUGGGGUUGUAAUUUGCCAACUUUGUGCAGCCCUUAAUAAUGUGGCAAUUUUAAAGUACUCUAAAGAUUAUAAACAGAAGCAGCAUUUUCAUUUGACUUGAAGGAUAACAGACAACAUAUUUUAACAACUGCCUGUUUAUUAGGUCUGAGUCAAAAGGUGGACAUUUAUCUUUAAGCAAACAAAAUUAACCAAAGCAACAAACAGGUAGGUUUCCUUAAACUACAGUGUCCUAUAAAACACAGCACACAAAAUGAUCAUGUUUACAAAAAAAGUCCAGAUUAUUGAUAAAUUUAUCCAUGGAUUAAAUAUGUGUCUUGUCCAAAAGACAUUUUGCCAUCUUCAGCUAACUUGUGAGACACUGCUGUUCUUUGCUUAGGCUACAGAUUUUGUCAUAGGAAAAGUUCAACAAAAGGAAAAAGGACCCAGAAAUGCAGACUCAAACUUACUUCAAAAUGUCCAACUGAAAAAUCCCAAAUCCAACAAAAAGGCACUGGGUAAAAAAACCACAAGGAGACUGGGGAUUCACACAUUCACACAACUGACACACAGACAAUGAACCAAAAAAGAAACAGGGGAAGACAGGGACUAUAUAUAUAUACACACAGGGAAACGAGCAACGAGAGGCAGGUGAGACACUGAGACCCAGGUGCAAACAAUUACAGAGGAGGGAAAACUGAGGAAGUAAAACAAGACUAGAAACACAAGGGUGGACUACUACAAAAUAAAACAGGAAACACUGAAAACUGAUCUAAAAAACACAGAAAAAGCACUCAAUUAACAAAACCAGGGAAAAACUAGAUUAAAAGAAUAUAUCAUGACAUUUUUUUUCCAUUGUCACAAAAAAACAGUUUUUUCCAGAUCACUCCAAAAACGUUUGUGUCUCCAUUUUCAGAUGUAUGCAGAAGCUUUGCAUGAGAAUGAAAGACUCAAGUCCAGGUUGCAGGACAGCAAACAAGAGCUGGCCAAGAUACGCUCCCAGCUGGACAGAGUUACCCAGGUACAGAAAGGCUUCAACCAUAUCUAAUGUUCAAAAAUGAAUACAUUUCUUUAUAUCUGCUUCAAUACUUAACGAUAAUAUCCUCGCUGUGACUUCCAGAGGCAUGACAGAAUAUCAGAGAGAUCUUCAGCGCUUGAUUCAGAGAAAAGGGUAAGUGUCUCGGUAACCUUUUGGUAUUUUCAUCGUUUCUGCUUUUCUGCACUUUCAGGACGGAUAAACAAGCCUACCUUUUCUUAGCUUUCUUGCUCCUUGCACUGGACGUUUAUUUUAGUUUUUUAUCUUUAUUUACAGGAAAAACAAGCUCUCGAGAAAAGAGUGUCAAACAUGGAAGAGGACUUAAAGGUCAGUGCACGCUAAAAUAAACCACAUGCAGGUCGGGUUUACGUGCCACAUUUUUUCUCUAAUUCAAGCUACUUAUCAUUUAUUUGGCUGAUGUUUUCCCAGACGCCAUAUAAACACUAACAGUAUUUGAAGAAACACACCUCCAGUCAGGCUCGUCUCACCCGUGCUAAAUCAAGCCCGCCUUAAGUGUUUUUACAGAGCGAAAAACACACAUGUAGCCAAACCCCGGGGGUUUUGGUUAGCCAGGUGGAUUUGGAGUCAAGGAGAGAGAAGGUUAAAGCUUCAGGCUCAUUACCCACAGUGUUCUGCUGGGCCACUUCCUGCCAGGCUAAGGAGGAGCCUGUGCUGCUGCUCCUCUGCUCCACUUAUCCCACUGUUGGGGUGAACACUGUGACCUAGUUCCAGCUGAAUACCGAACCCUGUCCAAGAGCAAAAGACCUGCUUUUGUGAGACAUUCCUUCUCUGCACUGUGUGUAUUCUGCUUCACAGCGAAACGGGGCAGAGCAGAAGAAAGACUUCAGGCCUGAGUAGACCUCAUGUGUGCUUUACGUGUUGUGAAAUAAUGAGAUUAUAAUUUGAUUUUAGGAGCGAGAAUUUUAUAUUACUCAUGAGGAAUCAAAUCAUGGCUCCAGCCUAAGAAAAUACAUUAUGCAGACAAUGAUGACAUACUUUUAAAUAGGAUACAUGCAGAAGUAUGAUAAACCAGCAGAAGAUGUUUGAUGUGUUGUCGUGGUUCCCCCAGCAGGAUGCCCCAGUGCGGUUCCGCUGUGGGUACCAGCCCUGAGAGCAGGCUGUCUCAGGGGAGGGGGGAUGGUGAGUGGUCGCUGUGAAGUUUAGGAGUGAUUGACACCUGCCUGUCACCCCCACGUUAUACUGUCAGAGAUCAGGGCAUGUUUACACGUGUGGACACAUCACUGAAAAAACUCAAAAAUGAUAGAUCUAGAUUCGAAGCACUCACUCACAAAGUCACAUUUACACCGAAGAAAUGACAGAAUCUCCAUGAGGGGGCACUGUUCAGACUUCAAAACCUGUUUCUUUUUGUGGAAAAGAAAUAAAGCAAGAAAACUGAAAACUUUCUUCUUUAGGCAAACAACAGAGAUUUUGCUAUUUUAUGUGUGAAACGAUCGAAAAAUCACAUUUCAAUUCCAGCAGGUCUCAGGAAUUUAAAUGUGGUUUAAAAUAUGUGCGGCACUUCAGUCCAAAACUAAGUUUUUUAUGAAUACAUUUAAGUGUUUUGUACUUAAUCAUGUCGUAUUGUUUUGAAUAAUUGUAUCAUUUUGUAUAAUGUAUCAUAUUGUUACGUAUCAAAUCUUAUCACAUUGUAUCUUAUCAUAUUUCAUCAUAUCCUAUCGUAACGCAACGUGAUGUAUUGUAUUGAACGGUAUCAUACAUUGUAUCGCAUCAUACCGUAUCAAAUCGUAUCUCAUUGUAUCAUAACAUAUCAUAUCGUAUCACACAAUAUCAUAUCGUAUCUCAACGUGUCAAAUCAUAUCAUAAGCUAUCAUAUUGUAUCACACCAUAUCAUAAGGUGUCUCAUAGUAUCUUGGUAUAUCAUAUCUCCUCGUAUCAUAUCAUAUCAUAUCGUAUCACACAAUAUCAUAUUGUGCCUCAUCGUAUCAUAUCGUAUCUCAUCGUAUCAUAUUGUAUCACACCAUAUCACAAAGUAUCUCAUCGUAUCUUAGUAUAUCGUAUCUCACCAUAUCAUAUCAUAUCAUAUCAUAUCGUAUGAUUGUAUCGUAUCGUAUCGUAUCAUAUCGUAUUAUAUCGUAUCACACGAUACCAUACCAUAUUGUAUCAUUGUAUUGUAUCGUAUUAUAUCGUACCAUAUUGUAUAGUAUUGCAUCAUAUCACAUAUUGUAUCGCAUCAUAUCGUAUUGCAUCAUAUAUCAUAUCGUAUCAUAUCAUAUCAUAUUGCGUCAUAUCAUAUCAUAUCGCUUCAUAUCUUAUCGUAUCAUAUACCGUAUCUCAUUAUAUCGUAUCGCAUCGCAUCAUGUCGUAUCAUAUCGUACCAUACACCUAUUGUAUCUUGUUGUAUCGUAUUGUGUUGUAUCUCAUCCUACCACAUUGGAUCUGAUCACAGGUGGAGUCCCCUCUCUCUGCCCAUUACAGAUAAUGAGGGUGUAAAGCACUUGGCUAUGAGCUGCAUCUAGCGUUUAAUUUACAGCCUAUGAUCUGAUCGACCUCCGGAUGUCUGAACCUGCUGCAGCUGUCUGACUCUGAUUUCAGGUGUCUCCAGUCAAAGGCACCGCGUGUCCUGUUUCCCCUUUCUGAAAUAGUAUCGAUAUGCAAAUGUGAGAUUGCUUAGCAGGGUGUUAAAUUUCUCUCCGACAGGCUGAAUUAUUCUAGACAGCCUAUGAAACCUGAUUAAUAGCAACUGUGUAGAAUUAUCUGCAGGACUUGGGAGUGUGGUCAGAUCUAAUUUCAUAUCAAAGGCCUCAAUAUUAAAAGAGUCUAAUAAAGGAUACUGGUCAUUAUGUAUUCUUGCUCUCCUCACUCUGCUGUUCUCUUUCUCCUUGCCAAGGGCAUGUCAAAAGAAACUGAAAAGCUUUAGUCCAACACUAAGAAACCAGCUUUUCAGUACAGAACAGGCUGGCUUCAAUAAGUGGUUUUUGGAUGCAAUGAGAAGCAGCUGGAUUUGCUCUCUAAGUCUUAUCCACGGCUCUUUUGAAAACUAAAAACUUGUGUUCAUUUCGCCUGAAACAUGAGUACGUGUGUGUGUGUUUGUGAGUGUGUGAGUGUGCUCUGUGGUUUACCCUCAGGAAUCGCGUCAAACCGCAGAUGUUUCAAUCCAACCACAGUGGGGUUUGCCUCAAAAACUGGAGCCAAUAAGAGAAGGAUAUGAAUAAUUUAUUUUCCUUUUGACUUAUUACUGACCAGGCUCUCAUGCAAAGUGUGAAACAGUGGGGUGACUUUCUGUGAAUUUCAUAAAACCUCCAACAUUAAACACUGCAGCUCACCUCUUUACAUACAGCUUUAUCAUUUUCUUUGCUUGUUGCAGCUUUUCUACUUCUCCAACUCUCCCUCUUGUAUAAAUUCUGGUUUAUAUAAGUCGUCCUGAUCUGUUGUUGUUUUCAUCUGUGUGUGUGCGGGUGUGUGGGCGCAUGUCUGUGUGAGUGGGUAUGUAUAAGUCUUUCUCUUUGCACAUGGCCCGCUCUCCCCCUCUGCACGCUUUCUCUGUCUUCUUCCCCUCUCUGUAUCUCUCUCCUCCUCUGUGCAGGCUUUCCCUGCUCUGGCUCAGGCCCAGAGCUUGCGGAGGGUGAACGAGUGUCUCCUGGCUGAGAAUAGAGCCAUGCUGCGCGUCCUCGCCCGCCUCUCUGAGACGGCCUCCAUGCCGGAGACGGAGGACCUCUGAUCCUCUGACAUCAGCUGUCCUCCUUCCUCCCCCCCUCCUCUCCCCUACCUCAGCCACAUAACUUCUACACUCCUCCCUCCUUCUUCUGGUGCCUCUUCAGCCCCCUCGUCCUCUCUGCUGAGUUCCUCUCAGGCAGGUCCUACGCUGACUCCCCCCACACUGCACUGCAUCCCCUUCUGCACUCUUUUAACCCAGUCUUCUUUACUUGCAUUACACUCCAACCCCGCUGAUGCCAUUCCCCUCAAAUGAUCCUCAUUAGCUUCAGUUAAAGUGCAUUUUUUCGCACAUACACCUCUCACAGGCCUUGACAUAAACAUCGCGGUUACUGCCCAAUUCAAACAUCCACCGCAGGAGUCUGCGCCAUAAAAAACAAAUGUGUUUUUAACAUUCAUCGAUCUUGAAAAAUACUCUGUGUGGGUCCUUGUGUAAUGUGCUGUGUAAUCAAUGCAAAGCUGCAUCCCAAGGAAACAGCCAUCUCACUACAGUCUUUCAGAGGAAAUGAAAUGUGCGAGCUCACUGGCCUCUAAAAUGAAUAAGAGCUGCGCCAGUCUGCGAGACACAAGGACAAAUAACUGUGUUUACGUAGACAAACCAGUUCAGAGAAAAAAACUAAUGAAUAUGUUACCAAAAAAUAAGCUUUUUCGCCCCUCUGAACAUAGUCUUAAAAGGAGAUUGAUACCACCCCCUGUCUUUAUGGAGAAUAUGAAGCAAUAGGCAGAAAUAUAAGGUUGCUUAGCUGAGCAUAAACAAAACAAAACACAAGUAGCUUACCGAUAACUAGCCCAGCUCUGCGUUAAAAGCCCUAUACAUCUAUACUCAAGCCAUCUGAGAUUCAAGGAGCUAAAAAGCCUCGGCAUUGUUUCUGUCCCAUCUACGGAGAAAGCAUAGAUUGUACAAGUCGAUUUAAAUUCGCAGCUGUACUGACAUACCAAGAGAUUUGCAUAGGCAUGCAUUCAAAACCACUCCCACACCGACCCCUCGAGCGAUUCUGCUUCCUCCUACGCCGCUGUGGUGCGGCUUUGGUGUUGCCGUCAUGAAGCGGAAAGGUUAAAGCCAGAUAAGUUGCAAACCCGACACAAAUGUCAGUAAUCUGUCCGAGCAUCGAAGAAAACAAUGGUUGCUUUUUAUUCCUGAAGUUGGUGCAACAACAAAGGCCGACCUGGAAAAGCAAGAUGAGAUUUUAAAGUACCACUUAAGGAUGUGAUAUUGUAGAUGCAGCUGGGACUCAACCAUUUGGGGUUAGACUCUGGAUACUGUGUUUGUUGGUGUUUUUCUACCUCUACAUCCAUCUGCAAUGGCCCUCUCAGACAACUAUCAGUCAGCAAAUCCACUCAAUACUUCAUCAUUCUAGCCUCCCUGCCCACUCAGAUCACCACAUAGUCUGUAGAGUUAGAAACUAAGAGGCCGCAGAUCCUCCACUGAGGCUGAAUUGCCAGUAUAUUUCUCAAAAAUCUUGUGCCAUUAAUUUGAUUAAAUAUUUAGUCUUCAAACCUGUUAUGAAAAUGUUGUUUCUCGUUUACUCCUUUGCUCGCUCUCCGGUUUCGGGUAGUAUACGUCACAGCUAGCCUGCAGCAGAGGGUUAUUGUUUGUCUCUAGUAGAAGGGAAAUACUUUGGCAAAGCGGCUGGGUAUUUUUAGUCAUUGCUCCUCAUCAGAGACAUGACCUAGAUUUUAGAAAUUGACCCUCUCAGUUUUUCUCUCAUUCUGACUUUAUCCAAUUUCACUUUUCACAUGAAGGCCAUGCUGUCAAAGUCACUCCUCACUUGCAUGAUGAAGUACCGUUAAGCAUGUCCUCAUCGCUUGGCCUCAGACUUAACAGAAAAAAAAAUCCAGUAUUUUCUUUCUAUGUUGUGACUGAAGGUAGAUUUCCAUUUCUCUGGGUAGCCUUGGUGAACUGUGUCAACGCACCACCUGCAGCUAUGAACUCCACAUCAUCCACAAACCAUUUAACAUAUAUUUCCCUGUGUGUAACUCUGAUCGUAAUGAUGAUAUCAUUGUCUAAUUUAAUUUUUCUCCCUUUGCUGUCCCAGAUCUUAACAGAGCUCAAGUCAGACAACCAGAGGCUAAAGGAUGAGAACGGGGCUCUCAUUCGGGUCAUCAGCAAACUGUCCAAAUGA